CUCAAUUCACUCAAAACCCAAAUUCAAUUACUGCAUAUAUAUCUAUCUAUGCAGGAAUUCAUCAAAUCUUUGAUUAUUAUUUUCCAAACUAACCAUUUCGAUCCUCAGUCUACAGCCUUCUAUCAAUUGAUUUUGAUAAACUAGAGCUAGCUAUUUCCUGAUUUCAUUAACUGUAGUUGAUGAUUUGUUAGUUUUGAUGGAUGAUUACUUGAGAGAAAUCGAGGGGAAGAGUGUUCACGAUCCGUACCGUAAUUGUGACUCGAAACGCAGCGUUUUGAUCCGCACUCCGGUGAUAAUCGGCGCCGGUCCGUCCGGUCUGGCGGCGGCGGCUUGCCUGAAGGCCAAAGGCGUGCCGUCGCUGGUACUCGAGAGAUCCAAUUGCAUAGCUUCACUAUGGCAAAUGAAGACCUACGACCGCCUCAAGCUCCAUUUGCCCAAGCAAUUCUGCGAGCUUCCAUUCAUGCCGUUCCCCGAGGAUUUCCCCAAUUACCCUACCAAGCAGCAAUUUAUUCAGUACCUGGAGGCCUAUGCGGAUCGAUUCGGAAUCACGCCGGUCUUCAAUCAGAGAGUCGACCGCGCAGAAUUCGACGAGAACCUAGGGUUUUGGAGAGUUCUCACCGCCGCGAAGGUGGAGUACCUUUGCCGGUGGCUGGUGGUGGCGACCGGCGAGAAUGCCGAGGAGGUGGUGCCGGAGAUCGAAGGAAUGGACGAAUUCGGCGGCGAGGCGGUGCACACCAGCGCGUACAAGAGCGGCGCCGCUUAUAGAGGGCGGAACGUCCUCGUGGUCGGGUGUGGGAAUUCCGGUAUGGAGGUCUGUUUGGAUCUCUGCAAUUAUAACGCCCGCCCUUCCCUUGUCGUCAGAGAAACCGUUCAUAUUCUGCCUCAAGAAAUGCUGGGAAGGUCGACGUUCGGGUUAUCCAUGUGGUUAGUGAAAUGGCUGCCGGUCCGACUCGUCGACCGGCUCCUACUGACGAUGUCCCGACUGUUGCUCGGCGAUACAUCCCGGUUCGGACUGAACCGCCCGAGUUUAGGUCCGCUCGAGCUGAAGAGCCGAGUCGGUAAAACCCCGGUUCUCGACGUCGGGACGCUUCGUAAAAUCAAAACCGGAGAAAUCAAGAUUCGACCAGAAAUAAAGAGGCUGAGGCACAAAUCGGCAGAAUUUGCAGAUGGAAGAGUGGAAAAAUAUGAUGCAAUAAUUCUGGCAACGGGUUACAGAAGCAACGUAGGAUCAUGGCUAAAGGGAGGGGAGGUGUUUGGGGGAAAAGAUGAGAGAGGAACGGGAAAGGGAUGGAAAGGCGAAUUUGGGGUGUACGAAGUAGGGUUUGGCAAACACGGCCUUAUCGGAGCAGCCAUGGACGCCAGGAACGUUGCAGAAGAUAUUGAGGUUCAAUGGAGACGAUGGACCACGCCUUUGUCUUCAGAUAUUCAUCUUCUCCUCUGA